AUGACUUCACUUCCAUUAACAUCUUCUGAUAUUAUUUUUCAUUUAAAAUGUAAGAAAGAAAAUAUUACACAAUGUAAAAAUGUUUUGGCUAUACUAAUUAUACAUAUUAUAAUUAUAAUAUUUACAUAUUUUCAAGUUUUUUCAAUACAUGGUUCUAAAGGAUACAUUCAACAUAAUGUCUUUACAAUUAUAUUAUUACUUAUGGGUACUGUUAUAACAUAUAUACUUAUGUUUAUUUUUCAUUCAACAUAUCCAGCAAACAGUUUUCUUUUAACAUUAUGGACUUUGAUAUCUACCUUAUUUUUAAUUAAUCUAAUUAUAUAUUAUGAUACUACGGAAGUCUUUGAAAUAACAAAUCUCCCAACAUCAAAUCCAUUAAUUAUAAGUAGUCAGGUACAAAAUUUAUCAGAUGAACUUUAUAGAUUAAAUCUUCAAAUUGGUCAAUUAUUUAUCUCUGUAAGUAAUGAUUCAAGUUUAUAUCAAACUAUUGUUAAUUUAUCUACCAAAACAGAUAAAUUACUUAAGAUAGAUUUAGUAAAUUUAAAUAAUCGCCUUAAAAAUGCCUCCACCAUUUAUAAUACAUUGAUUCCAACAUUAUCUGAUUAUGUUAAUAAAGUAAGAUGUCUCUCAAAUUCAGGGUGUAUUAGAGUUCCAUCAACUACAUCACCAGCUCCAAUAAUUACAACAACCUUGAAUUCAAUAAAUAAUUCCACUAAUUGUAAUAAUUUAAUGGAUAAUAAUACUAGAAUAUUAAAUAAAUAUUUUGAAAAUAUUAAUUGUAAUUGGAAUCUUAUAUCAGAAUCUGGUAAAAAAUAUAUAAUAACAUUAGAAUCAUUUACUGUUCAAGGUAAUGCCAAUAUUACUAUACAUGAUAAUUUAAAAAAUAAGAAUGUAAUCACAUUAAAUGGAUCAAUAACAAAUCCUAUAACAAUAGAUUCCAAUGGAUAUAAUUAUUCUAUAUCAAUAACCUCUGCUGAUACCUCUAGUGGUGUUAUUUUUGAAAUUGAUUAUGAAAAUUUAGAUGUUUGUAGUAUGGGGCUAUGUUCAAAUAAUGGAACAUGUAUUGUUAAUCCAGAAAAUAUGGCAUCUUGUAUAUGUACUGGAUGUUGGAUGGAAUCAAAUAAUUGUCAAAAAAAAUAUAAUCCAUGUGAUACAUAUUUAAAAUGUAAAACAAUUGAUCAAAAUAAUAAUCCAACAAAUAAUACUUGUAAACCAUUAGAAACAUCCACUCAAUGUUCAGCUCAAUGCUAUUGUAAUGGUUCACAAAUUCCAAAACCUUAUUGUUUAUAA